AUGCUAUAUGGACAAAAAUAAAGGAAUUAAUUCUCGAUCUCGAAAGAAACAUUAAAUUCAUAAUGUUAGAUUAUGAACGUGCAACAGGAAUAUCAGUUAGUGAAAAUUUUCCAUCUGCUGCAGUACAUGGAUGCUGGUUCCAUUAUAAUCAGGCAAUUUUUCGAAAAUGGAAAUGUUUAAAUUUGUUACAUGCACCUCAUGAUGUUUUGUUUAUGACAAUGACGUUACCUCUGGCUCCACCAGAAUAUUUCUCAAAAGCUUACAAAAUAAUAGAAAAGCAAGCAGAUACAAUGGAAGAGUAUCCAGAUAUUUAUUUCUGGCAUAUCUACGUCGCAAUUGGCUUCAAACCGCAUCGAAAGUUAGCGUUUAUAAAUGUCUUAUAAGGACUAAUAAUAUAGUUGAAUCUUUCCAUAACGUAGCAGCAAAAAAAUUUGGUUCGAAACAUCC